AUGCAGGCCCCCGAGCAGACUGCAUCGCAUGGGGGUUCAAGACUCGCGGCGGUCGUGCCCGAGUCGAUUGUGCUGGUAACCUUUGCUGGACAGACGCAUGGUAUCGUCCGCAAUAAGCUCGAGACGGAGAAGGAUGCUCUUGCUUCAGUUCGCGAACGCUUCCGUGAGCUCUUGGGCGUACCGGAUACAGACAUUGCUCUCCAAGUUCGCAUCGAAGGUGAUGGAGGGGAUGAAUACUGCCACUUCGCUGGCGAAUCAUGGACGUCCAUGGCUAGGGUUGCGAAGUACAUCAGAGUUGCCGUCGAGGCGUCCCGGGAUAUAGCAGCAAGGGCACAACAGAAGCAGAUGUUCUUGACUCGGAGGCCCGUCACAUUCCCUGUCAAGGAAGAAGAGGAUGAAAAGCCACCUAUGGAGUACAUCAAUGUUGACUCAGACGACGAGAUGGACAAGGGCGAGGAUACAGAUGAAGAGGCUGAUGAGACCACGCCUUCGGAUGAGGUCGCCGACGAAGCUCCCAUCACCUCAGCCGGAGGUGCUUCAAGUGAUAUUGGUGGGAAGCGGACGCGUACAUCUGCUCAACGGUACCCCAGCCGGCGCACGCGCACUCUCACGCUCACAGAGCAUCGUCAGAUCGAGGAGAACUGGCUCAAGACCCAUCGACACGGCACUCCAUGGAUCGCGCCGCCAGUCCAUCUGCACCAGUCACUGCUCGAGAGACUAGGUGCUGAUAAACAGAAGCGCUUGUCCAUGCACAUCCUACCGGACGACGUGGAGAUCGAGAUUGGCGGUUGUCCCACAAAGCGGAGUUGGAUUAGCCGCAGGAUAAACUCAGUCGGCCCGAUAAAUGAUCGAACGAUCCUCACCCAAUGCAAGGAAUUGCACGAAGCGCUCGUGCGCGCUCACGUCCAGACGGGGCGCCACAUAGGACCCACGGCGACGCGUCGAAAGUUACGCAACAGGCAUGUCUUGGUUCCGGAGCUCCCGUUCAUAGAGUACUGGAUUUCAAAGUGCCCUGGCUGCUAG